GAACAAAUAGACAAGACAAAAGCAAAACUAUCAUCUUCAGACUUUCGGAACCUCCAGUCGUGCAUUGUGCGGUUAGCGGCGGGAUCAAGGUAUAGGCCAGGAAGCACUACAUGUUGACGGGGCAUGCGCGCGCGCAGCAGCACUUCCGCCACUUGCGGUUUGCGCAUGCGCAGGGACACGUGGAACAGAGCUGGCAUGGCAAGCCCCAGGGAUAGGGAGCGUAUAUAAGUGCAGCGCAACUGUGGUGUGGUAGAGUGGAAAGGCAGAAAGAAGAGCUUUUGCUUCUGCUGGUUCAGAAGAACGACAUACGUAAAUAUCUCCGAGACUCAUUCAAUAUGGAAGCUCUGUUGCUGGAUUUGAUACUUGCUGUCAGUGUUGCUGGUGCUCAGAUGUGCCAGGUGGAGGUCGUGUACUUCCAAUUUGUUUUGGGUGAACCCUGCACAUAUCAUCUGCCUAAUUCCUCGUAUGGUGUAAAUGUCACUGUCAGUGACCCGACCAAUAUCACUUGCAACUGGAGAUGGAGAGCAGACGACCUCACUGCCUUCAAUCAGAGAGAACCUGGCUUCGGUGUACAGGGAGAUUAUUUCUGGUUCCUGACAAGUGAGGAAAUACUGGAGCGAGCGACUCAGGAGUUUGCUAUCAAAUGUCGACAACUCGCCAGUCUUGGUCCAAUUACGUUUCUAUUCUAUGCGGCAGAUAUUGAUGUAUCGCCAUCAAGUGUUGCGCCAUCGUCUACUAGAGGUCUAACUUCAGUAGCUCCUAAUGCAACCAUUCCAAUCCAGCCUGGAGGAGUCCUUCCAAAUGAUAAUGAAGAUGAUGGUUGUAAGAGUGUCACUAUUGGGAUGGCGGUCCCUUUUGCUGUAUCCACGCUAGUUGCUGGCAUCUGUAUAGUUGCAUUCAUUGUCGCAACGUGGAGAUUAGCUGUGGAGAGGAGAGGAAGACAUGCAGUAGAGUCCGAGGAUGAAGGACAGGGUGCCAGCCAUGGGUCUCCUGCACUACCACCAGAUCCUCUACCUGGCUCUGCUAUUAGGCAUCGUAGCAGGCAUUCUCCUGCAGAGCUCCGACAACAAGAGACUGAUGAAUAUGAUGCUGAGACAACUCCUGAACAAAUCCCUCUCAUCCCUAUGCCCCCAUCAGCCCAGAGGGAGGAGAGUGGUGCUAGUGCUGUGUGUGAGUCACCGAGACGGUCUGCUGCUGGGAGCCCCAGUGUGGAGAGAAGCUCUCCUAGUCGUGAGGUGCCUGAUAUCAAAGUAGAACCCUCGCUCCUACUCGCUUCUAUCGAUUAUCCGAGGGCUGCUGACAGCACAGAGCCACUCUCCCAGCAAUAAGAGACACAAAUAUUACCUUUUCUCUAUCACUUUUUAUUUUGUACAUCACGGCCACUUUUAUCCAUGUCACUACCACUUUUGUUUUUAUCCUUGCCACAACCA